UAUCAGUAGGAGGGGCAGGGGGGAUUAAAUGACAACAGUGCUCUAGUGAUUUGCCAGCGUUUUAGCUUUGAUGUAGAGAGUGGAGAGCAGCGUACCGAAGGAUUGAUGGGUGUGUGAGAACUCCCAACACGCCAAAAGAAAAGCAACAAGAAAUAUACGCAGAAGUAAAGUUGCUCCAACAGCUCUUUCAGUAUUGAGGGAAUUAAAGGGACAUAUCAGUAGUUGACAUGAGGCUGGUCAGUGCUGGCGUCCGAGCCCAGAGGGCUGCUGAGCCGUCCGAACCUGAAUCAGAGGAAGCUACAGAGCCAGCUCAUCGUGAGCACUCUCACUCAGAGCACCAUGAACACGCACACACAGAACACCACGACUACAACAACAUGAAGGAAAAGUUCAUGAACGAACUAAGUCAUCUGCCAAUUCCCAUGUGGGCAGUAGGAGCCAUUGUUGUCCUGGUCCUAGUGUUGGUGGCGUGCUUCAUCUUUUGUAUUUUCAAAAAAUGCUUUGGGAAAAAGAAAAAGCCAAAGAAAGCAAGGGAGGGGAAAACAGGUCGCCGCAGAAAAGCAAAGGAAGGUGAAGGAGAGGCUGGAGAGAAGGAUGGUGAGAUGAAGAAGGAAGGGGAGGAAGAGGAGAAAGACCAGGAGAAGCUGGGUAAACUGGAGUUCUCCUUGGACUAUAACUUCACAGAUUCCCAGCUCAUAGUGGGUAUCCUUCAGGCUCAGGAUCUUGCUGCUAUGGACAUGGGAGGAACUUCAGACCCUUAUGUUAAAGUCUUUUUUAUGCCAGACAAAAAGAAGAAGUACGAGACAAAAGUUCAACGCAAAAACUUAUGCCCUGUUUUCAAUGAGACUUUCAUCUUCAAGAUUCCAUAUGCAGAGUUGGGUGGAAAGAUUUUGAUACUGCAAGUUUUUGACUUUGAUCGAUUCUCCAAGCACGAUAUGAUUGGUGAAAUAAAGAUUCCGAUGAACAGUAUUGAUUUGGGCCAGCCAAUGCAACAAUGGAGGGACUUAGAGAGUGGUGAGAAAGAGGAGGAAAAACUGGGCGAUAUCUGCAUUUCUUUACGUUAUGUACCGACUGCUGGAAAACUGACAGUGAACAUUAUGGAGGCAAAGAAUCUUAAGAAAAUGGACGUUGGUGGCUUAUCCGACCCUUACGUGAAAAUUGUUCUGCAACAAAAUGGUAAACGGAUUAAGAAGAAGAAGACGACAGUCAAGAAAAACACACUCAAUCCUUACUUUAAUGAGAGUUUCAGCUUUGAGGUCCCCUUUGCGCAAAUACAGAAAGUGCAGGUUGUCAUCACAGUAUUUGACUACGAUAAACUCGGGAGCAAUGACCCAAUUGGAAAGACUUUCAUGGGCUAUGGAGCCACAGGAGUCGGCUUGCGCCACUGGUCAGAUAUGCUUGCCAAUCCCAGGCGUCCAGUCGCCCAGUGGCACACGCUCAUGCCCGAAGAGGAAGUUGAUGCAGCGCUCAAAGCAAAACCUCGUUAGAGUCCCAAUCUCAAUGGAGUAACAGGCUGAUGAAAUGUUACUAUGUGUCAAACCUGGUGUGUUCUCAAAUUGCAUGGUCUGUUUUCCACUUUGUUUUUUUUUCUGAAAUGCUUUCUUGUAAGUAUGUGUAUGUGUGGACCAUGUGUGUGCAAGUAUAUUGUACAAACAUUUUUUGAUAUUUUAUUGUUGAUAAAUCCUUAGCUUCCCCAUGUGACUCAUGGAAAACACUUAUCUGUACACGUGCGUCUUUUGUGUGGGCUGAUAAGAUAAGGAAAGUCUUUUAUCCUACAGUGGGGAAAUAGUUUGGCUCAUUUUGUAGUGCUGUGGAUGUUAGACAUAGGCUAUUAGUGAAAAUGCUAAUAAACUUAAAAUGUACAUUUUUCA